CUUCACAAGCGGUGUAUCUAAAGCAGUGUAACGCGAGCUACUGUCACGGAACCAUCAGUUUUUCACUCAGUCAUAGUCUAGCAUUUAAUGAGACUGUUAUGAGUUUUGGUUAUACUUUAAUUCGAAAAAUCUCGACACAUCCACGUAAAAUGGUAAAGGCAAAGCGGUACGUUGUCGCCAAACACUUCGUGAACUCUCCGGAGCCAGCGGAUUUAAAAUUAGUGGAAGAAGAAUUACCAGAUUUGCAAAAUGGAGAAUAUCUUGUGCAAGCCGAAUACCUCUCUGUGGAUCCGUACAUGAAACCGUACGUGCUAAAAUAUCCACUUGGGAUCACGAUGAUCGGCGCUCAGGUUGCUAAAAUCGUGGAAUCCAAGAAUCCGAAAUAUCCGAUCGGCAAGAGAAUCGUUGGAUAUCUGGGCUGGAGAACGCACACAAUUAUUGAUCCAAAUAUGAAAGAGGAUGAAAAUUUCAUGAACAGAAAUGAAUAUAUUUUGCCGGACAUUGGCGAUCUAUCGCCGUCUCUUGCUUUAGGCGUAUUGGGAAUGCCGGGCAAUACGGCUUACUUCGGCUUGUUGGAGAUAUGUAAACCAAAGCCUGGCGAAACACUUGUUAUCAGCGGUGCCGCUGGAGCGGUUGGCUCUCAUGUAGGUCAGAUUGGAAAAAACAUGGGUCUUACAGUUAUCGGCAUAUGUGGCUCCAAUGAAAAGUGCAAAUGGCUGACCGACGAGUUGGGCUUCGACUUUGCUAUCAAUUACAAAACCAUGUCGGUCGUAACGAGUUUACGUAAAAUUGCUCCGCAAGGCGUCGAUUGCUACUUCGACAAUGUCGGCGGGGAUAUCUCGAGUGCGAUUAUGUAUCAAAUGAACCAAUUUGGUCGAGUAGCAGCUUGUGGUAGUAUUUCGUGUUAUGAAAAAUCGUCUUUGCCACAGUGCAUGAUCCUCCAACCGGCAAUAGUGUCUAAAGAAUUAAAAAUGGAAGGAUUCAUCGUACGUCGCUGGAAGGACCGCUGGCAGGAGGGAAUCCAGCAAAAUCUGCAAUGGAUUCGGGAGGGCAAGCUCAUUUAUCGGGAGACUAUCACGAAAGGUUUCGAAAAUAUGUUCGAGGCUUUCAUAGGCAUGAUGCAUGGCCAAAAUAUUGGCAAGGCAAUUGUCCAAGUGUAAAAAUCCACUAGUUUUAUCGUAAUCUUAAAAAAAUUAUAAUUUCAUAAAAAGUUUUAAAUGUUUAUAAAAAGAAUAAAAAUGUUUCUUUAUCAGAGCA